GAAAAAGCCGUGUGAGAAAAAGCCUUGAGCAUGGAUCGAUUGCCUACCUAGAUAAAGUGAGCCGGAGCCCCGGAACCGCAUAUAGGUACUGGUGGGGAACCGAGGCGCCUCCUUGCAAUCUUUUCCCCAAGGAAUCGUCUUCUGUUUACCCGCCGAUAGUGCUCAAUGAAUGAUGCCCCGAGUUGGGUCUGUCCCGACAACCACCACAACCUGCCCGCGACUCAACGGCACUCAAUAUACCGGCAAUGGCGCCGGCCCGCCCAUUGCUCUGGCGCUCUCUCCGGGUCUUCCAAAUCUACGGCGCCAACACUGAUGUCGGCAAGACCGUCUUUGCCACGAUCUUAUCGAGAGCCGCUAAGGGCAUACGGCAUGGGGAACGAUCAGCCUUCCUCAAGCCUGUAUCGACAGGCCCUCUGGAUGAUGCAGACGACCGACACGUCGAAAAACAUGCCCCGGGGGUCGUUCGCAAGACCUUAUUCCAGUAUGACACUCCAGUCAGCCCGCACGUCGCGGCGAGGGGCAAGGAGAUCCCCCUAGACAGCGAGCUUCUCUCCGCCAUAUACGACUUUUCGUCGCAGAGGGCGGCUGAAGGGGCUGGGUGGCUCUUCAUCGAGACAGCCGGUGGAGUCCACUCCCCGGGGCCUUCGGGCGUCACGCAGGCCGACCUGUACGCGGCCCUGCGGUGUCCGGUCGUGCUUGUUGCCGACUCUAAGCUCGGCGGCAUCUCGCUGACCAUAUCCGCCUUCGAGUCUCUGAAGAUCCGUGGAUACGACGUCGAAGCUGUUUUGGCGUUCCGCGACGACAAGCACGACAACGCCGAGUUCUUACGGGCCUACUUUGCGAAGCACCACGGCCCGUUAGUCGCGUCAUUGCCAAAACCUCCUCCGCUGCUACCGAAUGCCAAUGGAGACGCGGAUGCGGAGCUGAUGUCGCGCUACUACCAAGAGACGAGCGGGAACGCGGAAACCCUCCGUGUCCUCGACGAGCUGGACCGCAGUCACCGUGCACGUAUCGAGAGGCUCGAGUCGAUGCCCGGCGAGGCGCACCGACGGAUAUGGUACCCCUUUACGCAGCACCAGCUCCUCACGCCGGGCGAUAUCGUUGCGAUUGACGGCGCGCGGGGGGACUUCUUCCAGACCCUGGCGCCUCCGCUACCUCGAACUGGAGAUAACGGCGGCACCCAGGUCCAGCCCGUUCUACGGCCUUCAUUCGACGGCUCCGCGUCGUGGUGGACUCAGGGGCUCGGCCACGGCAAUCCGUCGCUGGCGCUCGCAGCGGCAUACGCGGCCGGCCGCUACGGGCACGUCAUGUUCGCGGGUGCGGUGCACGAGCCGGCGCUAGCGCUGGCGCGGACGCUCCUUGAUAACAGUGGGAACCCGCGAUUGACACGAGUCUUCUACUCAGACGACGGCAGCACCGGUGUCGAGGUAGCGGUCAAGAUGGCAUUGCGCGCCGCGCGGCGCCGGUACGGUUGGUCAGCAAGCGCAGAGGUCGGCGUCAUCGGCCUGCGCGGGGGCUAUCAUGGUGAUACUAUCGGUGCCAUGGACUGUGCCGAGCCGAGCGCUUUCAACGAGACGGUCGAGUGGUAUAGCGGUCGAGGCAUCUGGCUCGACUAUCCUCGUGUCAAGUGCAUCCGCGGCUGGUGGGCCAUCGAGAUGCCAACCGACGCCGGCCGGGAGCUCGGGGAAGACCGGAUGUUUGGGACCCUGGAUCAGGUGUUCGAUCUCGAAAGGCGGGAAUUGGAGCGCGAUCACGAAGUCUACGAGAGUUAUAUUGAGAAGAGGCUGUCCCGCCAUGUAGGCGAGGGCCGGAAAUUCGGUGCCUUGCUCAUGGAACCGGUCGUGAUUGGAGCUGGAGGUAUGGAACUGGUAGAUCCCCUCUUCCAGCGCUCUCUCGUCAAGGUAGUCCGUCGCUCGGCCAAGCUCUUCGAUCCCCUUCACAAACCCGAAGCUGCCGACACUGCCGACAACACGUCUUGGACGGGUCUUCCCGUAAUAUUUGACGAAGUAUUCACGGGCCUGUACCGGCUGGGCCGGUUCUCGGCGGCGUCGUUCCUUGGUGCCGGGGCGGAACCGGAUAUCUCGGUGCACGCGAAGUUGCUGACGGGGGGCUUGGUGCCGCUAAGCGCGACCCUGGCAUCUGAAAGCGUGUUCGCGGCCUUCGGAGGCUCCGAAAAGGCUGACGCCCUGCUCCACGGGCAUAGCUACACAGCACACCCCGUCGGCUGCCACGUUGCCGUGGAGUCGCUGCGGCAGAUGCGGGACAUGGAAGCCCGGGGUGAGUGGGACUGGGCGAAGAGGGGCGGUGACCAGACUAGUUCUUUGGGUGGUCUGUCCCUCUCCCCUUCUCCGGGGGAGGAGAGAGUCUGGUCUAUCUGGCCGGAGGAUCUUCCGGACUGGAUCUCGCACCAGACGAGGCUCGUCGCCGGGACCUGGGCCCUCGGCAGCGUUCUCGCUAUCCACAUGGACGCCCCAGACGGGCUGGGCUACAAGAGCAAUGCUGCGCUUAAUUUACAGAGAACCUUGCGUGACGGUGGUGAUGGGGGCGCGUGGAACGUCCAUAGCCGGGUCCUCGGAAACGUAUUGUAUCUCAUGGGGUCCCAGAAGACAACGCAGGAGGAUAUCGCCGAGAUUGCAAAUUUGGUCCGACGGGCGUUUUCUCGUCGGUCCGCAAAUAGGAAGUCACCCUCACCGAAAGCGAGUUAAUGAUACCCACGGUGACGGAUGGAGAGACGGAUUCUCCUUCAUAUAGGGUAACUAUCCGGGGUAACGGACUAGGGAGUGUAUAUAAGCUUUGUUCAUGUACUGUGUGUGUCUACCUACUAAUGUAGGUUAGGUGCCUAAGGGAGCCACACCACUCUAUACGAGAUACGUGCCUAACGCGCUAGACCUAUACGACACCGUGAAGCCUUUAC